AUGUCGCUUAUGGCGUGGGUCGAGCUAGCGUAUAUGGAAAUUGGCAACAAAAGUCACUGUCAAAGCAUGCAGAAUAAGAUUCGUAGGAGGGAUACAAUCAGUGAGCUUCCAGAUGAACUGCUGUUGAAGAUAUUGUCUUUGCUUCCUAGUAAACUUGCCAUAGCCACAGGUGUCCUAUCAAAACGGUGGGGAUCUCUAUGGAAGGAGACGAAGUCAUGGAGGUAUGAUGCUGAAACCUCCCUUGGAGCUAUUCGCAGAUUUACGAUUUUUCUGCACACAAGAUCAAGGAUAGGGAGCCUGCACCUCAGGCUUAACCGAAAUUACCUGAAACCAGACGUCAAGGCUGUGGUUGACAUCGCAGUUAAGCUCUCUUUGAGAGAGCUGAGAAUCGAGAUGGUUUACAAUACCUUCGAGUUGCCUAAAAGCUUAUAUGUAUCUUCAAAACUUGAAACCCUUAUACUAGAGAAACUAGAUCUCAUGGGUGUUCCACUUAAUGUUCGUUUGACCUGCCUCAAACGUCUCCACCUUUUAUCGGUUGACUUCUCAAGUGACCAAUCUGUCAAAGCUCUUCUAAGCAUAUGCCCAAAACUUGAAGAUUUGGUAGUGAGACGAAGCUCCUAUACUAGUAUAUAA